CCGCGUGCCAGCGGGGCGGAGAACAUAAUAAAGGGGCAGCUUUGCUGUGGAGGAGUAGUUGGGGCCAACAUCUCUUCCUCUACUUACAAAGAUACAACGGUAGCUAACAAUUUGACUCAUCUGAACUUAGUUGGAACAUCUCAGUUGAAAAAAGUGGUCCACAGAGAUACAGGGGGGCCAAAUAACACACCGGCUAAAAAUAAUCAGCAUGCGGAUAUGUUUGCAUGCGAACUGUAAGGCCGCCCCUCUCCCUAGUUCCAAGUAUUUUUAUCCCACAAGCCCUAGGGAGAAUUACUGACAGCAGUAGGAAGUGACCCGGUAGGCUUUGCCUGGCUGCCUUCCCUUAGGGGUGACAGCUGGCUGGGGUGCACCUAGGGAAGAAGCAGAGUUGGAAGCAUCCUUAGACAAAAUAUUGCCCAGCCCUCACACUGCAGAUGAGAACACCCCCAACCUUUCAUCCCCUGCUACUUUGGGCAGCUUAUUGGUGUGUGCGCUUUUCGGUAGAGGGAACUUUUGAUGGUUUUCAGGAUGUCGGUCUCUAGGUUCGAGUCUUGCACCACAGUGUAUGUAGUAGCACUAUUGCAGCCCAGUCUCUUGGUCGCCCCACACCAAAGUUUACGUGGUCUCUGUUCAGUAGAGGAGAUUUUAUGUUCUUCAGGAUAUUGGUCUGCAGGAUGGACUUUCUCUGCUAAGAGUUAAAACUCACAAAAAGCUAGAAUUCUUCGAGCUUCCCUGGAGGGAUAGAGGUGAAAACACCUGGAUUUCUCAAAGACAAGCUUGAAGACCAGUAUAGCCCAAAUGAUCUGGACCUGAUGCUGCCAGUCACCCUCCUCUCUGUUCCCAACCUGAAAAUGGGUACAUGUGCAAGUGGCAGGACGAGAAAGGAAAGUUUAUUUUUUUAAAUCAAUUCUUGAAAACAUUCCUGUUUAGAAUUUGGGAUAGAGGAAGAUCCUACCUUACUCUUGUGUGUCCUUUUCUCUUGUAGGACUGGCCUGUCCCUGAUCAGAGUUAUUCUGAUCUGAAGAAUUUGGUGUUUAAAGCAUUAAGAUAAUAGCCUGAAUUGUUCAUGGAGUUUUUCAUCAGUAUGUCUGAAACCAUUAAAUAUAAUGACGAUGAUCAUAAAACUCUGUUUCUGAAAACACUAAAUGAACAACGCCUGGAAGGAGAGUUUUGUGAUAUUGCUAUUGUGGUUGAAGAUGUGAAAUUCAGAGCACACAGAUGUGUUCUUGCCGCUUGCAGCACCUACUUUAAAAAGCUUUUCAAGAAGCUUGAGGUUGAUAGCUCUUCAGUAAUAGAAAUAGAUUUUCUUCGUUCUGACAUAUUUGAGGAGGUCCUGAACUACAUGUAUACAGCAAAGAUUUCUGUGAAAAAAGAAGAUGUCAACUUAAUGAUGUCAUCAGGUCAGAUUCUCGGUAUCCGAUUUUUAGACAAACUAUGUUCUCAGAAGCGUGAUGUAUCUAGUCCCGAUGAAAAUAAUGGCCAAUCAAAAAGUAAGUAUUGCCUCAAAAUAAAUCGCCCCAUUGGAGAUUCUGCUGACACUCAGGAUGAUGACGUGGAAGAAAUUGGAGAUCAGGAUGACAGUCCUUCUGAUGACACGGUAGAAGGCACACCCCCAAGUCAGGAGGACGGCAAGUCACCUACAACGACACUCAGGGUUCAGGAAGCGAUCUUGAAGGAGCUGGGGAGUGAGGAAGUUCGAAAAGUAAACUGCUAUGGCCAGGAGGUAGAAUCCAUGGAGACCCCAGAAUCAAAAGAUCUGGGGUCCCAGACCCCUCAAGCCUUAACAUUUAAUGAUGGAAUGAGUGAAGUGAAGGAUGAACAGACACCAGGUUGGACAACAGCUGCCAGUGACAUGAAGUUUGAGUACUUGCUCUAUGGCCACCAUCGGGAGCAGAUUGCCUGUCAGGCGUGUGGUAAGACAUUCUCCGAUGAAGGCAGGUUGAGGAAGCAUGAAAAGCUCCACACGGCGGACAGGCCAUUCGUUUGCGAAAUGUGUACGAAAGGGUUUACCACGCAGGCUCACCUGAAAGAGCACCUGAAGAUCCACACGGGGUACAAGCCCUACAGCUGUGAGGUGUGUGGGAAGUCGUUUAUUCGUGCCCCAGACUUAAAGAAGCAUGAGAGAGUUCACAGUAAUGAAAGACCGUUUGCAUGCCACAUGUGUGACAAAGCCUUCAAACACAAGUCCCACCUCAAAGAUCAUGAACGAAGACACAGAGGGGAGAAGCCUUUUGUGUGUGGCUCCUGCACCAAGGCAUUUGCUAAGGCAUCCGAUCUGAAAAGGCAUGAGAACAAUAUGCACAGUGAAAGGAAGCAGGUUACCCCCAGCACCAUCCAGAGUGAGACGGAACAGUUGCAGGCUGCGGCCAUGGCCGCUGAGGCGGAGCAGCAGCUGGAGACAAUAGCCUGCAGCUAGAGGUGACGGGGAAGGAGCCCUCUGAGCCCUGGAGACAGGUUGCAUUGUAUAUAAUAAGCGAACUUCAGACACUGUAUUUUUGUUGAAACUUACGGAACAUUGUACUCACUGGACUUAAGGCAGUACUUGGUUAGGUAUUUCUAAAACUUUUCAAGGAAAUGUUCCUUAUUCCGACCAAACAGUUUCACUGUCUUGUCUGGUGUCUAGUAGUAAUGUUGCCAUACACCCCACUCCUCUUUUUUACGAUUUUAAUUUGAGAGCUCCCAUGUCCAGGUCAGAAGGGAAGACUCCUGUUUUGUAUUCCUCCCUACAGCUGCGCUGGUGAGUGCACUGAACAGAGUGAUAACUGAGUAAAUUGAUUUCCUAAUCCUCACAAUUGUAUGUGACUCGUGGUCAAAACAGCAUUUUUAAUAACUUAAUAAAAGUUCUUCACGUAGACGCAAAAAAUCCUGGUGGGUGGUUGACCAAGAAUGCUGCGCAGUUAUGAAAACAAGUUCUGGAAAUGCAGAAUGGUAUUGGGUUUAUAUUUGGUGUGUUAAUUUUAUAUUACUGUUUUUCACUGUUUUGUGGACAAAUAAUGGUUGCUUUGCUGAAGUGUCUCUUCAUUUUGACUGCCUGUACCUGCCUGAAAAGAUGGAAGUCAUAAGUCCCAAAGGUUGAGUAAGCCCACGAGGAUGUGGGUGCUCUGGGGGCGGAGUUUUUUGUUCCUCUUACUUGGGGCAUUGCCCCUUUCUGUGGAGUUUGUAGAGUGGAUGGGUGGUGGGAAGAAUAGAAAAGGGCAAAUAGGCACCUUGCUGUCAGAGACAAGGUUUUCACAUUUGCAACAAUUCCAAGAUUUUCUAGAUCAAGGGAAUUCCUAAUUGAUUUUGAAAUUGGAUUUUUUUUAGGAUCAAAAUUAGGACAAGAAUUGGUAUGCUGCUCUAGCUACAUUGGUGUGACAUAACAGAAUGUCAUCAAGCUUUUGGACUCUGUGCAGCACGAUUUAUCCAUAAAGCAGAUGUAAUAUCAUUACUUAAAUUAAUAAAUUUAAAAUUCUUUAAGUGUGUAAAUAGUAUAGAAGUAUAUUGGUGUUAUGUAUUUCAAGUCAGUAGACAGCUGCACUUAUUUUGCACAUUGGAGUAAGAUAGCUUUCAUCAACAACAAAUAUCAGUCUGUUUUUAACCAACAUUAAAGAUUGUCAGACCAAACAUUUAUUUUUCUGAAGUAUAUUUCAUCACUGGCUACACUUUUAAGUGGAAGUUGAUUGCCUUUUCAUAUCCGUGAACAAUUAUAAGCACUGUUCCAUUAUUGGUGUAUGAAAAUUUUUUUAACCAUUUCUUUAGAGUAUAUUGAAAUACCCAAAUAGUUUGAAUUAUGUUUCUGUAAUAAAGUAUUCUAGAAUGUACAGUCCUAGAAAAAUGCCAUUUUUAAAGUUUAUUUUUGGUUGCUAGGAUUUUCUUUUUUUUUUAAAGAUACAUUAAACUGAUUUCAUUUCAGAGCUUGUUGCAUUAACACCUGUAACUACUAUUGUGGGAGAAAUUUCAUUUUUCCAAUUGGUGUAUAUGUUAUGCCCAAGAUUGUAGGUUGAAGAUGCUGCCUUUUUAAGAAACUUAUUUAUUGAUAAAAUGUUUAAUUUAGUUUAACAUUAAUUUAAUUUCUUUCCUUAAAAGUUGUUUAUUCUGUCCUAAGAGUAGUCGUGUCACUGUGUUUAGAUGCUGUUAAUAGAGAGGGAUGUCCCUAGACUGUUUUAACCAAAGCAAAGGGAAAAUCUUGUCGAUAGCUACUUCAACAAACCAUUUUUGGGGCCUUCAUUUUUAUACAUAAAAUAUACUUCUAUCAUUCCUGUUUUCACUUUUUCGUAGCAGCCUUUCACACAUCCAGGUUUCUACCAAAGUACAUUUUCUGAACUAUCUUCAUCAUGGUUUUAUAGAGUAAACACAUGCUCUUAACCCCCACUGAAACAACAUAAUCACGGUGGUACCCCCAAAAAGAAAGUUUAAUUUUCAGCACGUUACUUGUAUUAUGUAAAUAUUUAUCAUUUAUCCUAUUGUGCAUGAGAAAUAUAUUUGUGUUAAAAUUUCUACCACUGGUACUGGGUUCGUAUGUGUGUUAGGGUGCAUAUUUCGUUUUCCUGGUGGCAGCGAAGUCAUGGCAUGGUAGCUCUCCCAUCUCCUGGUCACUGAGACUGCCUUUCCCCCCGCCCAGUUGGCUCUCGUAGUUCCCUGGAUGAUGAAACCGUCAUGUUAAGAUAGUUCAAGGGUACCUCCAACCACAGGGAGUUAAUUCUGAAAUGUGCUUACACUGAAUCUGCAGUGUGAGUGGGGAGGAAAUUUUAAAUGUUCACACUACAACCUUUUCAUUAUUUAACUCACCCACUUUUUCUGUUUGUUCAGAGAAUAUCUGCGAACUUGAUUCUAACUUUUACAGCAAGCUGUGUUAUACAGGCAGUGACUGAGGAAGGAAAUUUUAGGAAGUCUAAAUUUUAGGUAAUUGCCUGCUAAUUAACUUGAUCACAGAAUUAGAAUUGUUAGAAAUUACAGAGGUCACCAUCAAGUGAGUCUGACAAAUACCUCCUAUUUUGGUCAAAAAAAAAAAAAGAUUGAGAUGGAGAAUGAUGCAAGUUCAUGUAGUUCCCAGUGUUAUAGAUUAUGUUUUGUAAGACUAUUUGUAGCUCAGGUGUUCAGGCGUUGGUAACCUGGAAUUCAUUUUCCUGAGUAAUGCUGUUCACGGUGAUUAGUUCCCAGAGCCACCGUAAAAUUUGCUUUCUGUUUAAGUGUAGCAGAGCUAGUAUAAUGAGGGUUCUAGUCUUGAGUUCUGAGUUGUAGGAGUUGGGAGCUGAGGCUUCCAGAGAAGAGAAUGGAGAACUCUCACUUUCUGUUGUUUACCUUUUAACAUCUAUCCCCCUUUAUGCAUUGCCCAACCCCCCUGCAUUUCCACACUCCACCAGUAUGAGAGACAAAUAACAUCGACCUGAAGGCAAGGUAACCAUUGACAACCAUGCUUUGAGAGGAGAAGGCCUAAAUUUAGAAGACCCUCAUGCUUGCUAGUAAUGCUUAUUUAAAUCAACAAGCACUUCCAGUGAUGGCCCUGCCUCCCUGCUGAUCGCACUGUCUUGAGACAGCUCUAAGUGCUCAUUGUUUCUUGAAUUUUGUCUCUUUUUGCAUUCCCACUUGUAACUGGGAUCUUUCUCUCCCUUGGAACUAUUCACAGUAAGUUUAAUCCUGCAUCUACUUGACAACACUUCAGAUGUGUAAUGAUAAAAUGUCAUUUAACAAACAUGCAUUGA